GAAUGGGAUGUGCUCACGUACAUUAUGAAAACGACAAUUGAAUCAAGACUGCCGGUCGUUUUAGAAGUGGGGAUAUCCUCGACCGGCGAUCAGCAUCCGCAUAUACCGGGCUCUGUUGGAAGUACUAAUUGCACUCUACCUGUUCAGAACAUCGCUACGGUUUUAACAAUAUCUUCUAUUAGUGCACAAAAAAAAAAAAAUAUUUUUUCCAAUUUUCUGUGUUUGUGUGUGUUUUAAUGCGAGUAAAAUCAACUUUUCUGUCAGUCUCGGAUAAUUAACUUCUCAAAAAUGAGAAGAGGUUCGAUCUUCACCUUUGUCGAAGAAGGUCGACGGAACUCUUCUCAUAUGGCACAAUUGGAGAUUACAAACAAUCGAACGGGAUGUUCUGUUGAUAAUAUAAAAUAUAAUAGAGAGGGUGGUUGUUUUGUGUCAAACAAGAAAUUUGCCAUUUGUUUUUUUCUUUUCAUUGUUUGUAUAAGUGGCGCAGGAUUUGUAGGCCAUCGUUUUGCUUUUUCGCCAAAACCGAAAGUUCAUGAUCCAUUGGAUUUAUUGGCUCUUGAAGAAAGUGAAGAAAAUAAUAUCUCAGAUAGCAAAUUUAUACUUUCUGGUCUCAUUUAUCCUACGAGGUAUCAAAUUAUUUUGACACCAAUUUUUCUCAUGAAUACAGUUAUCAAAAUUAAGGGUCAUAUUGUCAUUGAAUUUCGACAAAAUAGUGGAAAAAAUUUGGAUAAAUUGAUUUUAAAUGCACAAAAUAUAAAUCCAUUAAGCUAUCGAUUGACGAGAGUAACGCAUUCUAAGAAUGAAAAGAAACGAGAACUAGAGGAGGAAAAUAAUCAUCAAAUUACUACUUUGAGUGAAGAAGUCACUAUUUCCUCGGUGGAUGACACUAUAACUAUUGGUUAUACAGAUAAAGAAGAAGCUACUUCUUUAGAUUAUGAUAGUACAACUAGUGAUGAUAAUUUAUUGCAAUUAAAUGAAACUGAAAAAACACUUCUAAAUGAAAAAGAUAAUCACAAUAGGGACAAAAAUGUUGAUCUAAAUCAUGAAACAUUGAAGGACAUUGGUAUUGGUAAUUACGAAAUCAACGAAGCGAGUAAGGUUCAUGUUAUUCAUUCACUAACACCUAUUGAACCAGGCAAUUAUUCUUUGGAAAUUGAAUAUGAAGUUCUCUUCAAUGAUAGUGGUCUUUUUGAAACUAAUUUUACAGGUGAUGAUCAAAGAAGAUGGUUAAUGGCAACUCAAUUGAAACCUAUCAACGCACGUCGACUUUUUCCUGUUUUUGAUGACAUGAAAUUUAAGGCUCGUUUCUCUCUAUCUGUGUCACGUCCCAAAGAAAUGAGAGUUCUCUCAAAUAUGCCACUCAAAAUCUCGAAUGACUCUUCCAAUGGACAAGUUAUUGAUAUUUUUGAAGAAACUCCAUUAAUUUCACCUCACAAUUUAGCCUUCAUUGAAGGUAAUAUUCAAACAAUUGUAAAAACAAAUUACGGCGAUGGAGAUAAUUCAUCAACGAUAACAUUUUGGGGUGAUGCAUCAAAAAGCUCUCAAAUUACAUAUUUGUCAGAUAAAAUUGAUGUCGUAUUGGAUAAAUUUGUCAAUCUGUUCUCCAUCAAUUAUCCUAUGAAGAAAAUGGACUUGAUUGGUCACCCUAUGACGCUAGAUGGAACAGGAAGUCCGGGAUUGAUAUCAAUUAAAGAGCAACUCUUUUACCUUCAGGAAGAGUCAUCACCUAUGGUGUUAAAAAUUCAAGCCGUGAAAAAUUUGAUUCAUCAAGUUGGUAGACAGUGGUUAGGCGGUGUGAUCAAUACUCAAAACUGGACAGAUACUUGGCUACUGGAAGGAUCACUCAUCUAUUUUAGUCACGCAUUUCUUAAAGAAAUAGAUCCGGCAUUCGACACAUCCGGUUCAUUUGAAUCAGAUGUUCAAUGGAAAAUGAUGGAUCGUGAUGCUUAUAGUGUUUCAAGGUCUCUUCAACGUAAGGUACAUGCUUCCCGUUUGGAUAAUUUUGAUAAUCAACAUUACAGCAAGGGUGCAUGUCUCAUUCGCAUGUUGCAUGGAUUAUUAAACGAUACCGCCUUUAGGAGCGGAUACCAGAAACUUGCUAGCAGGUGGAUCUAUGGAAAUGGAAAUUUAAAGUCAUUUUGGGAGGCAAUGUCUGAAGACACAGAAAAUCAAACGGAAAAUUUGAAUCUUAUUGAUAUUAUGAAUACAUGGAUCUAUCAAAAUGGAUAUCCUGUGGUUUCUGUUAAUAGGGAUAAUGAAACUGGAACCAUUAUUGUUAAUCAGGCAUGGUUCACAUUUGAUAAUAUAUCAGAACAAAGUGAAAAAUUGUGGUAUAUUCCACUAACUUUCACUAAUUCAAGUGAUGACUGGUUAUCACCUACUAAACAUUUGAUGACAAAAAAUGAAAUUUCAUUAAAAAAUAUUAUUGUUGAUAAUUGGAUUGUAUUCAAUAUUAACGGAGAAGGAUAUUAUCGAGUGAAUUAUGAUAUUAAUAAUUGGAUGUCUCUUGCUGAGGCUCUUAAUGAAAAACCCGAACAGUUUCCUCCGGCGACAAGAGCGUCUCUUAUCGAUGACGUGCUUAGUCUCGCUCAAGGUGGUCUUACAUCUUAUAAAAUGGCAUUUAAACUUAUCAAUUAUAUGAGAACAAAAGAAAAACAUUAUGCACCAUGGGCAGCACUUACGAGUCACUUAUUAAAAUUAAAAUUCGCUCUCUAUGACACUGACAUCUAUUCAGAUUUUCAGAUUUUUACACGUCAAUUUUUGUCAGUGAUUUAUAAUGAAACAGAAUUGACAAAUGAUGAAGGUUCACAAUUAGCAGUAGUUAUUAAAAAUCUAGCUUGUAAUUUCGAGCAUCCACAAUGUAUUGACUGGGCAAGAAAAUUAUUUUCAAUAACAAAAACUUCGGGAUUCCAAAGUCUUCCAUUGCAUACUCGUGAGAUAUUUUACUGUACAGUCGCAAGAGUUGGUGGAGAGGAUGAUUGGCAAUACUUCUUGCAAAAAGCAAUAAACGCGACAGACAAAGAGGAAAAGAAUCGACUUCUGUCCUCACUCGCGUGCUUUCAAGUGCCCUGGAUUUUGCAAAAAAUUUUGAAAAUGACACUAGAGGAAAAUUUGUUCAGUGAAGAGGAAAGUCGUCUUAUUCUGCACUCUUUCUCUCGAAAUCCGGAAGCAGCUUUUGCUGUUCAGAGAUUUAUAGAAAGAAGUUGGCCGGAAAUAACAAAUAGGUACCAAAAGUCCUAUUUUAUGAUGAAGGAAUUUAUUCUUGCAAUGUCGAAAUCCUUAAUGACAAAGCAGGAUUUAGUAAUGUUCCAGGAAUUUAGGGAUAAUAACAUCAAAAGUUUAAAAGCUGUUGGUUAUGAAGUAGUUCUUGCUGAAGUGGAAUCAAGUUCUUGGGAACAAUGGCGAAAUAAUUCAUUGCCAGAGAUAGAGAAAAUGAUUAAAUUAUUUCUAGUCGCGUAAAUAAAAUGAUUUUUUAAUUUAUUUAAACAUAUAUUCUUUUAAAUUAAUUCAUUCCGGUAAUAUUGAUUUUUGGAAAAUUUACACUGUUACUUUUCUUGUAAAAUAGUGAAUGGAAUUUUCCAACUAGAAUUGAUUCAUUAAAAUUUAAAAAUUAUACAAAAUCAAUUGAUUGCCUUUGUUUAAAUUAAAACAUUGAUUUUACUAGUUAGUACAAGAAAAAGCUAUAGUUAUACCAUAUAGUAUAAUUGUAAUAUUCAUUUAUUCGUAAUUUUUACAACUAUUGUGAUUUUAAUUAAGUUCAUUUAGGCUUAAAAAAAAGAGACAGAUACUUAACUGUUAUUAUUGUUAAUAUAAAAGUUGUAAAAAAAAAAAUUAAAAGAUCGUUGCAUCUUUAAAAAAAAAUAACAAACAUGUAAAUUUGUUUUGCAUAUUUACGAUAAAUAUUACCGUUACUUAAUUGUUAAUUAGUCAUCGUCGAUUUUUCGCAAAUAAUAAGUGAUGUGUACAUAUAUUUGCAUAUAUUUUAUUAACUGUUGUUAGCUAUGUUGUAGUUUGUCAUUCAUUUUAUUAUUAAUAUAUUAAUACAUUCAAUACUAUACUUUGUUAAAAAAUUAAAUGUAAUUUAUCCAAAUGCUUUUCUUAGUUUCUCAAAAUAGAUUUUAUCUGUUCUACUUCUUUGCGAUACAUUUGAAUUUGAUUUCAAAUACAGUUACAUAUUGUUAUUAUUUUUUUUUCGAAAAAAAAUUUUCAAGCAAAAUAAUGUUCAAUUGAAAAUCGCAAACUAAAAUUAUUAUUACAUAAUUGUAAUGAUCGAAAUCGUUUCUCUGGUUAGUAUUUCCGCUGUUCACCGUGCGCAAAUUAUACUUUAAAAAAACAAUUUUAUAUUUCUUGAAGAAUAGCGAUUUGAACAUUAAUCUAUGUCAAAAGUGUUAGUUUUUAUAAUAAUUAAAUUCUUAUAUAAAGAAUAAAUAAAAAUAUUAUUAUUAA